AUGGCCCCAGAAGUACCUCUUGAUGUUUUUGCUAGUACUGGUAAGAUCCCUAAACUCGAUUCGAAGAAGGCAUUUGUGACUUUUUUAGCAGGUAGUGGUGACUAUGUUAAGGGUGUGGUUGGAUUGGCUAAGGGGUUGAGAAAGGUUAAAAGUGCAUACCCUCUUGUGGUUGCAAUCUUGCCCGAUGUGCCCGAAGAACAUAGAGAAAUCUUGAGGUCUCAAGGUUGUAUUGUUCGAGAAAUCGAACCUAUUUACCCACCUCAGAACCAAAUUCAAUUUGCCAUGGCUUACUAUGUCAUCAACUACUCCAAGCUUCGUAUAUGGAAUUUUUUGGAGUACAGCAAAAUGGUGUAUGUUGAUGCAGACAUUCAAGUUUAUGAAAACAUUGACCAUUUGUUGGACACCCCAGAUGGAUAUUUCUAUGCUGUAAUGGAUUGCUUCUGUGAGAAAACAUGGAGCCAUUCAAAACAAUAUUCAAUUGGUUACUGUCAACAGUGCCCUAAUAAGGUUACUUGGCCUGCUGAAUUGGGUUCCCCUCCUCCACUCUAUUUCAAUGCUGGAUUUUUUGUGUAUGAGCCUAGCAAAGUAACUUAUGAAAAUCUGCUUCAAACUCUCCAAAUCACUCCACCAACACCAUUUGCUGAACAGGAUUUCUUAAACAUGUUCUUUGAAAAAGUCUACAAGCCCAUCCCUCUGAUAUACAACCUGGUUCUAGCAAUGCUGUGGCAACACCCUGAGAACGUUGAACUCGAAAAUGUUAAAGUUGUUCACUACUGUGCAGCUGGAUCAAAGCCAUGGAGGUAUACCGGGGUUGAAGCAAACAUGCAGAGAGAAGACAUUAAGAUGCUAGUGAAGAAAUGGUGGGAUAUAUAUGAUGAUGCUUCGCUUGAUUUUAAGGCUCAAGACACUGCAGAAGAAGGGACUAUCUCAAAAUCAUCAAUCUUGGCUUCUUUGCCUGAGCCUGCAGUUUCCUACAUUCCUGCUCCUUCCGCUGCCUAA